AUUUAGUACCGCCGCCUCCGCCUCGUUGACCCCCCUUACUCUUCAAAAUGUCGAGUGCCUCCGUCUGAUACUUCCGAUUGUUUAAUCACUUUGUUAAAGAAUGCCACCAUUCUCACCCGCUUGGGAAUGAGGCGGCCUGGGCACACGAUAUCCCAAGUAUCGCACACAAUCAUGAAUACUUACUACACGCAAUGCGCGCGCUUGCAGCGUCGGACAUAUCAGGAUACUCGCCUAACGACUCAGCCCUCGCUCUGUCGGGGAUCAACCACCGCGUACGCGCAAUCGAGUCCCUCAGCACAGCCUUGUCGCGCGGCCUCCACACAAUGGAGGAAGGAAACGCCAUGCUAGCCACGUGUUACACGCUGGUAUUCCAAUCGGCCCUCAUUUCUGACGGCUUCCCAGAGUACAUGUCCUUCAUUCGCGGGUGCAUGGUGGUAGCCUGGCAAAUGGGGGUCAAGCAGCUCAAGUUUGUCUUUGAGGUUCUCAAUGACGAGCAGCUGGCGAAGAUGGGGCCGUAUCUCCAGGGCGCUCCCGGUAUUGAUCCAGACCUGACAAACGGGGCCAUCGGUUCCCUCGAGGCCUGCAGGCCACUGGUCGUGAGAGAUGCAGAGAAGGCCUUUUACGAAUGUAUGCUCGAGAUCGCCCAGGCGGCGCAGAUAUCUAGCUGGCAGGAGUUGAGAGUUGCCAGGAUAUCAAACGGCAAUUGAGGAGGGGGAAGGUGAGGUAUAUAACUAUGUUUCCUGCUCACACAUAACACACAAACCCCAA